UCUUCGCAUAUGCAUCAUGAUUUUUUUCGCACGUAUCUUUUCUUUGCUCUCUAUACUAGCCCAUAGUGCGUUCCUUCCGUUCGCAUUUGAGAUGUCGUCCGUGCAGCUAAUCGACGACGUUAUCAUAGUUUUGUUUCCAUCGGUAAUGCUAUCGGUGCAUCUCUGUCAGCUCCAGCAAGACGACGUGAUCGACCUUUCCAGGAUAAUGUCGCGGAAGGGAUUGACGCAUGAGAUCCAUCGCGACCUCGAGGAGUUCCUGACACGGAGCCACGACAAUCGGGAGCACAAAAUGUUGUACGUGUUGGACCUGGACUGCGACUAUGCGCUUCCACUUUUGAGAUCGGCAAACGCUACCGGCAUGUUCAUGGCACCGAUCAAGUGGUUGCUGCUUCAAGAUAACGCGACCAUAGACAUAUUAGAAACGUUCAAAGAUAUGGCCGUUUUCCCAGACAGCGAGGUGAUUCUAGCCAGAAGGUUGGAGGGGGCCAAUCACUUCACGGAAAUAACGUCCAUCUACCGCCCUAGCCCGCUUCGCGACGCGAUAAUAGAGAAUCGAGGGAACUGGACGAGCAACGGAGGAGUUCGUCUGGCAAAUAUUCAUGCAACCUCGCGACGUAGGAGAGACUUACUUGGAACACCUUUAAAAUCCUGUCUCGUGAUGACCGAUCCUGAUACGAUCAACCAUCUAACCGAUUACGAAAAUAAGCACAUAGAUCCAGUUACGAAGGCCAAUUAUCCUUGGAUACUGCACAUUGUCAGUCGAAUGAACGCAACCGUUACCUUUCGUAUAUCGAACACUUGGGGAUAUCGCGAAGAAAAUGGCUCGUGGAGCGGCAUGAUGGGGAUGCUGCAGCGUCAAGAGAUCGAUAUAGGAGGCACUGCAACCUUCUUUAUAGCGCAGCGAAUCGGUGUGGUUGACUACGUGCAACUGUACACUCGUACAAAUUCGGCUUUCAUAUUCCGUCAACCCUUGCUGUCGACCGUCAGCAACAUUUUCACGCUGCCGUUUCAGCGAUCGGUUUGGAUAGCGAUUGGGAUUCUUCUGCUGAUAGUGCUAGGCUUGCUUCACUUCACGUCGAAGUGGGAAUAUCAUCGUGGCGCAUCGCUGGCCAGGGCCGAGUAUUGGCAGCAAUUCAAUCCGGCCGAGCAAACACUCAGCGAUAAUUUUAUGGUAGUAUUGGGAGCGGUAGCGCAACAAGGAUACUCUUACGAGCCAUACCGUGUUUCCCCCCGAAUCGUUACCCUGAUGCUUUUGAUUGCUGCUCUCAGCUUGUACGCUUCUUACACGGCGAAUAUCGUUGCUCUACUUCAGUCCACCACUGAUUCCAUCAAGACUCUGACCGAUUUGUUCCAUAGUCCAUUGAAACUGGGUGCUCAAGACGUAGUCUAUAGCCGAUAUUAUUUCAAGUCCUUUGAUGAUCCGAUAAGAAGGGCCAUAGUGGACCAGAAGAUCGAACCCAAGGGUCAGAACACUUCGUGGAUGACGAUUCAAGAGGGAGUUCAUCGCGUGAAAAACGAAUUAUUCGCGUUGCAUGGGGAACGAGGUACGGUGUACAAGAUAAUGCAGGAAACGUAUCAAGAGGAAGAAAAAUGCGGAAUCACGGAGCUUGAUUUCAUUAAAGUGUUGUUCCCUCUGUUAGUGAUACAAGUUCGAUCUCCGUACUUGGAGAUCGUCAAGAACACGGCUCUUCUGUUACGCGAGACUGGCCUGAAAUAUCGCGAAGAGUACCGACUAUACACGGAGAAACCCAAGUGCCAAGGUCAGACGAGCUUCAUCAGCAUAGGCUUCACCGAGUGCUACUUUGCGUUGGUCUCGAUGGGUUACGGCACGCUUCUCAGUCUCGUCGUGUUAACGCUGGAGCUACUCUGGCACAAACAGUGGGAAUUGAUGAGCUUUGCUUCGAUAACGGUCGCUCCUCUUUGUGAUAGAACGGCCGAAAGUGACACAGCUGCCUGGGAACACAGUGGCUCGCUCGAAUUCCUCGAGGAGGAGACAUUUCUGAAUAACGCAGGCGAGAAUAUGGAACAGCAUUGGAAGGUAAAGAAGAGUCGUUUGAUAUUAAUGAUGUCGUUGUUCAAGACGAAAGAAUGGUGGCGGACGAGGUGCGGAGCGAACGAAACCUUCGACAGGUACAGUCUACUAGCGGUUCCAUUAUUCGGAGAAGAGAAGAAGGACAUCUUAAUAGUGGGAAGUUACGAUGGUUACUUGAGGAUGUACAGUCCUUCCUCACAGUGGCUGGAGGAAACAAAAUCGCCGACAAACUACAAAUCUACGGACUUGAUGAUCGAGGCUCGACUUGGCAAUUGUAUCGUGGACGUUAAAGCGGGGAAGUUCGUCUCGGGAUCCCAAGAUUUACGUCUAGCAAUAUUAACGUCUUCGAAGCUGCUCGUAUAUAACGCGGUCCUGGUAGAGGAAUCCACGGAAUACGGUGACAGGUGCGAAUUGAAGAUCGUCUACGAGCACACGUUGGCUAAAUUUCCGGCCUCGUUGACGAUAGGAGCAUUCGGCGGUGUUCGCGGCAGGGACUUUCUCUGCGUUCAAUCAUUGGACGGCACGCUUCUGUUUUACGAACAAGAGAUGUUCGCGUUCAGCCAAGUGCUCAGGAACCGUUUGUUAGCCCAGCCAAUUGUGUAUGUCUCACGGCACGACGUGUUCGUCACAGCCAGCUCCUCCUGGUUCCUCGAGUGUUAUAGGCACGUGCGGAUUAAUCGGUACCAGAGUAUGGCGGAGAAUACGAGACGCAAAGAGGAACGAGACGAGCAACAGCGGCCCUGCGGCACCAGUCUGGAGCCAGAUUGGAGUUUCAACAUUGGAGAGGCCAUUUUGGCUAUCGAGGCUGUUACGUUGACUAGCUUUGAGGUUGGUAUCAUGGUACUCGGCGAGAGACACCUCUACUGCUUAAAGGACAAUUGCGCGUCGGUGAAGUACGCGAAGAGGCUCGAAUACAGGCCGCUCUGCUUUCGACCUUACGUUAUUGAACCGGAUGGGAAGUUGAUGGUGCUCGUAAUCGCCGACACGGGCACUCUGAUGAUUUACGAGGGCAGCACGCUCAAGUGGUCAGCGCAAUUACCUUUCGUACCAGUUACCGUUGCCAGAGUUCAGCUUCAGCACUUGCAGGGGGUGAUCGUCGUUUUGUCGGAGGACGGUCGGCUGGAGGCUUGUUACUUAGGUUCCGAGCCGAGUAUGUUCGUCGCGCCGCCUCUUCAUUCACGGGGAUACGAUUACACGACUGCCGAACAAGAAUUGACAGAUCUGCGAGCUCUUUUGAAGAGGAGGAAAGAUUCUGAGACUCAAACUAGCGACGCAGGAGUAGACGCGGAGCUGAUCGUCUUGGUGAACGUUUCACCGGACUUGAAACCCCGCGUCCAUUCAGUGAACGAGGGCUGUUUUGAAGAAGAAAGUCAAGCAAUGCAACAACAAAUGACCUGCUCCGUCGCUAUAGAUUUGUCCUCGUACGCGACUCUUUGUGAUCUUCAGGUCUGCGUGAACGUUUCUAGACCCCUAGUAGCGACCAACACUUUCUACGCCCUUCCUAUCCUUUGUAAACGGCACGUGACCGAAAUUGAUGUGUACGUGGACGGAGACUCUGCACCCAUAUCCUCGGAGAUCCUAGUAACCGUAACUUAUCGGACGGAUGCCGGUAACUUGAGGGCGCUUCGACGAAUCGGCCAACUGCCGCUAAAGAUGAUGCUGAGAAGCAGCCCGCCGGAGAACGUGGCCACGUUCACGAACGUGAUCAAGUGCAGCGAUUCUCUGCUCGGAUUCGUUCAGCUGUUUCCUGAAUUCAGCGGGGAUGAGUGUCAGAGGCAAGGCUGGAACGCAUUGGGGCUACGCCACUUGUACUCUGGGCACACGGUCACCGUCGUUUCCGGUAAUGCUAGCAAUCGCUAUCGAGUUCAGAGCAACGAUGGAUUAUCCUCAAUUUUGAUCGUUGAACGCCUGAUCGAGAGACUAAGAGAGAGGAGCAAGGGGAUUCUGGUGAGCAGCGUCGCUCAGAAUCACCAACAGUUGAUGUAUCAUCGAUUAGAGGGUCAUUUCCUCGCGCGACGAGAAAUCGACAGGAUAACGGCUGAGAUCAGACUGCUGACGGGCCAGCUGAGGAACGUCCAAAGGAAGAUGUUGCGAGCCGUGAGAGAGAGAAACGAACGAUCUCUGACCGACACUGUGCUGCCGUUUCUCUUUGAGUCGACAUAUCGCGCGAUCUUCGGGCUCCUCGAACAACUUGUCAAAGCUCGAGAGGAACGAGAGCGAACUAGCCACGAGCUUCGAUGCAGUCUUCGAUUGCUAUUGCUAUUGCUACGACUGAACGUGACCGACGAAAAAUACGCGUUACUCCAGGCAGCGAUCGGUUUCGAGCCACGUUCUUCCGAUAGAAUUGAUUGGGAAGAAAUCGCCGAUGUGACUUUAACCACUCUACUUAGGUCCGUUUCAAGGAAAUUGGCUAUUUCAGAGACGAAAUCUUCAACAACGUGGAACGCAUUGGUCCCUAUCGUAUCCAACAAAGAGCUAUCCAAAUUAAAGAAACGUCUGAUCCACACGAUCGAACGGCUCGAUGGCACCAGGGAAUCAGAUAUCGUGGAAAUCGAGAGCAACGACGGCCACGAUAUCGCGUCCUCUUAA